UCUUGCAAGAACCUCUAGUUAUGCCUUCCUCUCCCAGUAUGGCCCCAAGCACAUCUACAGCAGCACCUGGCAGCUUAGUUCCCACCAGAAAUAAAAAACACAUACCUAAAAAGAAUAACAGGGUCCGGAGACCUUCAAGAUCUGAACAACUACUGUCAACUAUGAAACAAAGUGAUCAAGAAAAGGAGAAGAAUCCUACCAAGAUGACCAACUCUCUACAUGACAUUCCUGACACUCUAUCUAAGCCACUCAGCUUAAGUUCAAAGGAACCUACAGAAACCCCUUCAGCAGCUAUGAUCCGUUUCGUGCAAGAUUGCCUCCAGCAACCUGCAUCACCAAAUUCAAAUGAGAUGGGCUUGGGGGAUGAAAUGCCAGCAGAUCCUAGAAAUUUGUCUCAUGGUCAUUUAUCAGUUCCAAGUGUUUCCUUUCCUUCAACAAGUUCGUACUCCAGAAACAUCUCUGAAUCCUCAAGAACUGUAAUCGGUGGUCAUGCUGCCUCUUCGGGCACCUCUGAGACGCCCAAUACCAAACCAGACAGGGUAAAACCUACUGGAGAUGAUAGAUCUGCUUGUCCAAGUGACCCUCCACACCCAUCAUUGGUGGCAUCGGACAUUAGGAAACCUCUAAAAGAGAGACGCCACUCGCAGACACCAAGCAUUCCGUCGGGAAACCUAGGGACAGAACUGUCCAAGGUUACUCGGAUCACCAAGGAAUUCAAGCAAGAGGAUGUCUUAUCUUGCGUACUCUCCUGGAACGCUGACUGGUUUGACAAGCACAAAGAAGUACAUUCCGCAGAGAUUUUGCAAUCUUUCUUGAUGGCUAAGGAAGUACCAAGAUACCAUGCAUGCUACCCAGACAUUAGGAGCUAUCAAGAGGCAUUUAUUUGCUUUUUACUCCUGGAGAUGUGGUCAAACGUUUCGAGCUCUGUGGCUAAAGAUUGUGAUAGGACAUGGAGGCAGAACUCUAGGGAGAACAAAAUCUCACAGGACAUCGUUGAAGUGCAAUAUGAAGCAGCUGAUAUUCCGACGGAACCUCACGACCUGGGUGUUGGGGACCUGGUCCUCGUUGACAUGACAACAGACACUGCUUCACAGAAACAGUUCAACUUUGGGCUAGUCUGUGGGGUUGGAUUGACAGAUAGAACCGUAUGCCUAGCCCUUCACAAGAGCAUAAUUGUACCUAGCUCAACGAGACUGAAGGUUGUAACAUCACUCAGUCAUUACCUGAAUCAGAUAAGAGCGUUGCUGUCUUUUAGCAGCCAUCCUCUUGCAAAGCACAUCAUAAAGCCAGAGGACUCCUCCGUGUUUGUAAAGGACACACAGAUACACGCGGAAGGAAGAGUAUCUGACGAUGAGUUGCUAAAGUCCUACAUGGAAUCAACUUCAAGUACCUCAUCACACUUGAAAGUGAUUCGACUCAUGAUAGGGGCAGCGGGAACGGGAAAGACAUCAUUUUUGCGUCGACUUGUUAGACGGAUCGCAAGAGAACAUAAGAAGAUUCAUAAGACUUUGAAAAACCCUUACAAACUGCUGGUCUGUGCCCCGACUAAUCAGUCGUUAGAUGUCUUGCUAAGGAAGAUAUGGGAGGCUCUGAAGGAUAACAGAGAGGCGAUGAAACACAUCGUAGAUGGUGUAGAAAUCAUCCGUGUCGAUAAAGCUGAGGAAGCCGAUCGUCGUCUCAAAGAGUUUCUUCUAUCCACCGUAGUGGCGAGUAAGAGAAAGCAAGGAUCACCCUAUGUCGAGCUGUCUGAAGAUGACCUUCAAACUAAAAUACUUCAGCAAGCUGAUAUUGUGGGGUGCACGCUUGAAGAUUGUGGAUUAGAGAUCGUAAGAAGCAGCUUGGCAGGAAAUGUGUUUGCACUCAUUGUGGAUGAUGCCGGCCAUUGUUUGGAAACUGAGAUUCUCCUUGCCCUUCAGUGUAAAACUAAGCGUGUGUUCUUGGCAGGCGAUCAAGAACAGGGCAUUGUUAGCAUUUGCUCAAAGGGGGCCCGGGAUCUGGACUUCGGUCAUUCCAUGCUAGAGAGGCUCGCUGAGAACUUUGAGAUAGAGGACAGACGUAUCCACCGAUGGGAGGUUCAAUACCGCAUGAAGGAAGAAAUUGCAAAAUAUCCAUCGUCUGUUAUGUACUUACACAGACUCAAGACUCAGAAUAAGCACCUGCUCUUCUGUCUUCGUCCAUAUAUCAUCUUUGACGUGGCUGAUGGAAAAGAAUCUUUACACAGAGAUUCAGUUAUCAACACCUCUGAGGUUUCAUUCAUCGAGCUCCUGAUUUCAGGCUUCCUUAAACUAAGAGAACGCUUCACCGUAGGCAUAAUCACCCCCUCUGAAGGACAAAAGGGAAAACUUCUAGAAAGAUUGCAAGGGAAGAACAUUCCUGGCCUGCUUGUUGGAACCCCUACAAAUUUCUACGGCUUGGAGAAAGAUGUCAUCAUCCUGUGUUGCACCAGCACCUCCAGGACACCUAAAGAGAAUGGAUUCGUGAUGAACAAACAGGUCUUGAAUCUAGCUUUGACUCGAUCCAUGUUCAGCCUCAUCAUCGUUGGCAACAUGAAGAGUUUACAGAAGAUGAGCGGCAACUGGAAAUCCUUGGUAGAUGAUGCUACCGGUAGACAGCUUGUCUUCAGGACUUCGCAGGCUUCCUACAGUAAAGAUGCCAAGGAGUGCCACAGUAAGGAUCCUAAGGACUGUCUAAAUGUCAAGGCUUCGAGCAAAGGGGUGGAGGAGAACAGCCCUUCAAGACAUAAACAUGUAUCUGGCGAUGUUGGAAUAGAUAACAGGGGCAAGAGGCGAGUGCCACCUGAUCCAGGGACAGAGGAUCAUGGAAGAGCAGCGAAGGUCCCAAGGUCGUGCAGCUCCGUCCAAGGCGAGUCCUCCUCUAGCGAGAAGUCAUUUGGUGGACGUAGAAAUCUUUCCCCAUCAUCCAGAGACCCUGCUCAACCUCAAAGCAUACUAAAGAAGCCUGAUGGAAACGUAGCAUCAAAGAGUCAUGGAGAGGAUAGAGGUGUCAUUGGUGACCAGGGGCAUCACAACCUAAUGAGCCACAGUCGAUCAGUUGCAAGUACAGUCCUAGGCAUAUCUGCCAGCAGCAGUAGCACCUUUAGUCCUCAAAGACAAAGGAGGAGGAAUAGCUCGGGUCUUGAUGCUAGCCUUGACACAGAGGAUGGGAAGAGUUUACAUGUAAUUGCUACAGGAAUGAGUGACAAUCAGAGGCUUUUCGGGCAGCAGAAGGGUAAAAAUAUAGCAGGUCACACCGUUGGCAAGCGGAAACCCCAGAGUUCAAGGAGAACGGAAACCAUUGAGCAUGGUGGGAGAGAAAGGAGACCAUCUGGUGAAGUCACUGGUGAAGGGACUUCUCAACAUCGUAACAGUUCAAAUGGAAAUGAAACGGGACAAAAUCAGAGCCUUGACUAUCAGCAAUGGCAAAACAGGUCACAUCAAAGACCUCAGCAUCAGUACCAUCAACAACAAGUGAGUUUAGAGAGACAGGAGCAUGGUAGGAGUGAAAGGAGACCAUCUGGUGAGGCCACCGGUGCAGGGACUUCUCAACAUCGGAACAGAACAAAUAGAAAUGGAACGGGACAAAAUCAGAGCCGUUACCACCAGCAACAGCUAAACAGGUCUGAUCGAGGACCUCAGCAUCAGUGGCGUCAACAUCAAGUGAGUCCAGAGAGACAAGAGCAUAUAAGGAGUGAAAGAAGGCCAACUGGUGAGGCCACCGGUGCAGGGACUUCUCAACAUCGGAAGGGAUCAAAUGGAAAUGAAAUUGGACAAAAUCAGAGCUGUGGCCCUACGUUGCAUUACAGGUCAGAUCAACGACCUCAGCAUAUGUGCCGUCAACCACAACCACAACCCUCUCCAGAAAGACUGGUUCAGCGAAGAGCUUCCCUGAACCAAUAUGCCAACAAUCCAGUACAGCUUGAUCGAAACAUGCUCCAUAACAGGACAGUUAAUGAGGCGUAUGGGGGUCGUUCUACUGCCCUGACUGAGCCUCGGCCAAAUAUCAGGGGGAGGAAACGCUCCAACUCUGUCAAAGAACGCCAGAUGUAUCCCCCAUAUUGAAUACAUUUACACAGCCAAACAUCAUGAAGAAGAAAGAAAUGCUCCCUCUCUGUUAAGAAUGUGAGAUGGUAUUAAACGAAAAUGACAUGAAUAGAAAUAAUUGUAUGAAUAAUGAUGAUGAUAAAGAUAACAAUGAUACUUGGUAUAAACAUGUAUAAAGUUCCAUGUAUCUAUUAUGCAAAAUGCUCAGGGCACUGGUCAUUCAUGUACAUAAAAACAUCUUCUAUUGAUUGAAAGUUGUUUUGAACAUCUUUAGUUUUGAUAGGCAAGAUUUCAAGGAUUAAAAGAUAAAAACAUGUCUUCCGUUGUUCCAAACGUUUGAUCCAGCAAGUACAAAUGAUCAAUCUCUGUGAUUUUCUAGUUAUCAGUACUUGUACAAGAAGUAGAAAAGAUUUUGGUAGUCUUGGGCAGUAAGGGAGGAUGGUGGAAAAUGAAAAAAGUAGAAUUGUACUUAAGAGAGACUGAAACGAUGAACUUGCACAGCAUCAUCUCAUGCUUAACCAAAUAAACUCUUAUGUUACGUAGUGAAGAAUUUAGAGGAACCAACAGUGCAGUGAUUUACGGACGAUACUGCUUCAGCUGACCUGAAAUGGCGUUAGAGAAACGCUUUUAGUGCAAUAUCCCUUUAAGUUGUUAACUGCAUAUGUCUUAUAAACGACAGAUUCACCAAACUUGCUAAUUGAAACGGCUACAAAAUGGCGCUAUAAAUCAGAGAACUUAUAACGACAGAACAGCAAGUCUAUUGAUAUCUUUGGAAAGUAUGCAACAGUAGUCCAAAAGGGGGAGGAAAUACUGAGAAAAUACCGAGAGGCUAGAACAGUAGAAUCCUCUUGCAGGUCAUUGUAAAAGAUAUUCCUUCAAAUUCCAGAUACUGUCUGGUUUCACCCUGAGAAUUCUUAUGCUAAUUUGCCUGUAUUCAUGUCGUCCAUUUUUAAAUGAGGCUAUUCCUUUAUGCACGGGUAUUACAUGUCUUUAUACUUCCAGAAAUAUUAUGACAGCUCAAUUUCAUCAGCUGACUUUCUUCAGUGCACAUGUACUGUCAGGACCAGUUUUCAUAAAGCUUGUUAUCAAUCGCAAGUUGUAGUAACUGUUAUAAGCUACAGUAAUCGUGGUAUGUGAUUGGUUGAGAUCUAAUUUGUCACAGUAAUAUAGCAGUUGUUAUUGAUAACAAGUUUUAUGAAAUAGAGCCCAGAAGUUUUCAUCAACAAGAUAUCAUUUGUUUCCGAAACAUGCCUUUUUUUUUUUUACUAUUACUGUUCAAAUUUUCAUUUUUGUUUUGUUUUACUAAACUGUUAAAAAAAAAAACCUGUUCAAAUUUUCAAUUUAUAUGAAGUUUUAUACCAAAUUUUAUGCAUGUUUAUGUAUAUAUUAAGCAGGAUGUGUAUAGAAACGUUGCAUGGUUGUAAUCAUGAAAAAUGUGAAAUUUGAAGUUUUCUUAAUGUGCAAAAGAAGAAUAAAUCAAGCAAAUUUUAGUGCCACUUGAAGAAUGAAAAGAGAAUGUAUAUGCAUAUAAUUUAACAACUACAUUAUUCCUACCCUUGCCAAGUUUCGUAUUUUUUAAGUUUGCUAUUGUGGUACAUAAUUCCUUUGUACAUUGUUGGUUGAUAUUCACUAUUCCAAGUAUCGAAAAUGCCAAAUAAGUAAUGUGAAAAUUUAAUAAUCAUGUGCAUAUACAUGUACAUAUAGUGGAUUCAAACUCAAAAGUGCCUUUACUUUUAUGCAGUUUUCAAUAUGCAAUGAUAUUGUGUUUAUAGGAAUUUAACUGUCAUAAAACUUUAUAUAUAUUAAUAUAUAUGUUCAUUUCUAUAUAUUCAUUUAUAAAGUGGAGCAAUUAUGGAAAUAUAUUAUAUAUGAUAUAUAGUAUUUGGAACAUAUACAAUUAUAUGAAUCAUUUAUAAUCAAGCGAUAGAUACUUUUGUGAACAUACUGAACAUAGUGAAACAUAAUUUGUCAAUAUACUGUGUAUAUAAUUAAAAAAAUGAUAUUUCUCUUAUUAUGGUAAGCAUUUGCAUAACAAAUCAACUAUAGCUUGUAAGUAUCGGCUUGCAUGGUAAUGUAAAUAUACAGUAGGCUUGCGGGUGCACUGCUUUUUUGUGGA